AGUUAGUGUUCAGUGGACGUUUGGUCAUGUCUGGACUGUUGCGUGUUUAUCUACUACUGCUGCUGCUGGGCUGCGUCUGCCUCUGGCUGCCCAGUCUGGCCCGGGCAGCUCUGGUCAUCUCGGAGGAUCAUGAAGCUCCACAGGAGGCGAGAGGAGCUGCCAGGUCACUGCAGAAAAGAAGCACAAAUGAGGAUACGGUGGAGGUGCACAGCGUCACCGUGGACUGCACUGUGACGUCUCGUUUCGCCCGCACCGUCAUGACGUCCGUGGCUCUGAACAAAGCAAACGCCUCCCAGGAAAUCUUCUUUGAAGUGGAGCUGCCAAAGACGGCCUUCAUCACCAACUUUAGCAUGGAAAUUGAAGGUCGGGUGUAUGUUGGGGAUGUGAAGGAGAAAGAAAAAGCCAAGAAACAGUACGAGAAAGCUGUUUCCUCUGGACGGACCGCUGGACUGGUCAAGGCCUCUGGGAGAAAGAUGGAGAAGUUUUCGGUGUCUGUCAACAUCGCACCCAAAAGUAACGUGACCUUCGUUCUGACCCACGAGGAGCUGCUUCAGAGGAAACUGGGCCAAUAUGAGGUUUUAAUACGAGUUAAACCCAAAUCACGGGUGCAGAAAUUUCAGAUCGUGGCAAACAUCUAUGAGCCACAGGGCAUUUUGUUUGUUGAUGCCCACGCAACCUUCCUCAGCAACGACCUGCUCCCCCUGGUGGAGAAAACUGUCACAGACAAAAAGGCGCAUGUCUCCUUCUCACCGACCAUGGAGCAGCAGAGGAAAUGUCUAGACUGUGAUGGAACGCUCAUCGAUGGAGAUUUCAUCAUUAAAUAUGACGUAAACAGAGCAAAGAGCUUUGGGGACAUUCAGAUUGUGAAUGGAUACUUUGUCCACUUCUUUGCUCCCCCUGACCUGCGCAGAGUCCCAAAGAAUGUGGUGUUUGUAAUUGACAUAAGUGGAUCUAUGUAUGGGACAAAGAUGACACAGACACGAGAGGCAAUGUUGCAAAUCGUCAAAGACCUCCACGAGGACGACCACUUUGCCCUCAUCAAGUUCGGCAGCGCAAUUUAUACCUGGAGGGACUCACUUAGCAAAGCAACCAAAGAAAAUGUAACUGAGGCCAUUAACUAUGUGAAGGACAUCGACUCCGAGGGAAUGACCAACAUCAAUGACGCAAUGUUGAGAGGUGUGGCCAUGCUGAUCAAAGACAGGAAGGAGAAGAAGCUCCCUGAGAGGAGCGUUGAUAUUAUCAUUUUACUGACUGAUGGAAUGCCAAAUGUUGGAGAGUCAAAUACUGAGAGGAUCCAGGAGAAUGUGCGUUCUGCAACUGGAGGGAAGAUAUCUCUCUUCUCUCUUGGAUUUGGUAAUGACGUGGAUUACUCUUUCCUGGAUGUCAUGAGCAAACAAAACAAAGGCAUCGCCCGCAGGAUAUAUGAAGCUUCAGAUGCAACGCUUCAACUUCAGGGUUUCUAUGAUGAAGUUGCCAGUCCUCUGCUUUUGGAGGUGGACCUGCGUUAUCCUGACAAUGCAGUGGAGAUGUUGACCACAAACCACUUCAGCCAGUUGUUUAACGGCUCAGAGAUCGUGGUGGCUGGUCGGCUGACCGACAACGACCUGGACAACUUCAUGGUGGAUGUGAUGGGUCAGGGGCUUGAGGACUACAAAGCACAGGGUCAGGCCAGUCCUGUGAAAUGGACCGACAUAUACCCAGAUGAGGAGUACAUCUUUGGGGAUUUCACAGAGCGUCUGUGGGCCUAUCUGACCAUCCAGCAGUUACUGGAGAAGAGUAAGAGUGGUACCGCAGACGAGAAAGAAAAUGCCACAGCCAAGGCGUUGGACAUGGCUCUGAAGUACAGCUUCGUCACCCCUCUCACCUCCAUGGUGGUCACCAAGCCUGAGACUGAGGACGGAACAGACAGCCCUCUCAUUGCAGACAAGCUGACUGAAGAACAACGACAACAGUCAGAAAGAAGAGGCUAUUACCACAUGCCUGUAAGCCCUGCACUGUACACGCCCACUUACCAUUCAUCACCAACAUAUUUUGUGGAUGGAGAUCCUCAUUUCAUGAUAGAGCUGCCAGAGAAAGAAGACGCUCUGUGCUUCAACAUUAACGACAGACCAGGAACCAUUUUCUCUCUGGUUACAGACCCACAAUCAGGUAUUUUGGUCAAUGGCCAGAUAAUUGGAGACAAGAAAAUCCCUCCUGAUGGUAAAAUGAACACGUAUUUCUGGCGCUUUGGCAUCGUCCACCAGACUCUGGGGGUGAGGCUGGAGGUGAACACUCGUGACAUCUCAGUGUUCCAGGACAGCAAAUGGGUCAAACUGCUGUGGUCGGACUCGGCCUCUCUCAAAGGACUCAAUGUGGAUCUUCUUGUGACCAAGGACCGCAGCCUGAUGGUGACUCUGAAAGAUUCAGUCAAGUUUGUCAUCCUGCUACACAAAGUGUGGGAGAAGCAUCCGUACCAUCGGGACUAUUUAGGUUUCUACACCUUGGACAGUCAUCUCCUCUCCCCUGCUGUUCACGGCCUGCUGGGUCAGUUCUACCAUGGGAUUGAAUAUGAGGUGUCUGAGCUGCGUCCAGGUGAAGUCCCAGAGAAACCGGACGCCACCAUGUUUGUGAAGGGACAGCAGCUCAAUGUGACCAGAGGCUGGCAGAGAGACUUCAGGAGGGACAUGAAGAAUGGGGAAAAUGUUCCCUGCUGGUUCGUUCACAAUAACGGAACUGGCCUCAUCGAUGGAGACGCGACAGACUACGUUGUGUCGGGACUUUUCAAAACUGUUUAAAAUCUGACACAGAAGUCAUUAAAAUCUGUAAAUAAAGGUUGAAUUACAACUA